AUGGCCAAACCGUCUGCCGCCAAGGGUCUCAACGGAUCGGACCGCUGGUCCUCCGUGGAGCCAGAAGACGACCGAGAGGAUCGGCUGAGCAGUCUGCCCGACGACGUGCUGCUCAACGUGGUGGAGCGGCUCGGCAUCGCCGGCGCCACAAGAACCGGCAUCCUCUCCGGCCGAUGGAGGCGGAUCCCCGGGAUGAUUUCCAAGCUCCGUCUGGCGGUCGGCUCGUCUGACCCCGAGCGUGACAGGUCGAAGCUGAGCUGCGUCGAUGACGUGGUUCGGGCCAACGCCGCCAUGGCUGAAGCAAUCAGAAGCAUGCCGGAGAACAGGAGUACAGGUCCAUAUGCGGUCCGCCUCCUGUGCCUGCAGUUCUUCCUGGGACAUGAAGACAUUGCCGUCGGCCAGGCCAUCGCCGACACCAUGUCAAUGGAAGACAUCGGGUUGGCCGAGCUGACCCUCUUGACAAGGAAGGACGGCCGGCGGUGCGCCGAUCAAGAUUUGGUCAACUACGGCGGGCAGAUGAGGUUGUUCGUCUACGCGUGCCCAAACACAUUAUUCACCGGUCUCGCACGACUCAAGCUAGAGAAUCUGAGGCUGCCCGAAUCCGAAUCCGAUUUCCCGAAGAUUUUAGGUAUGUGCGAGCGGCUGGAGUUCCUCCGCCUGUACAACUGCGAUGCCGGGAUCAAGUCGUCGCUGCAAGUGGAACACCAUCAACUCCGUGAGCUUGAGAUCAUCAAGAGUGGUUUCGAGAGGGUUGAUCUGACCUGGCUGCCAGAGCUCAGGACGCUGACUUUAUCUUGUUGGAAGUCUCAUCAUGAUCCUAUGUCUUUCAGUCACGUCCGGCUGCUCCACACCGUAACUAUGAGUAAUACGGCCGCUUCAUAUCACAAGAUGCUGAGGUUGAGCGAAUUUCUCGGCAUGGCCAUCAUCAGCAACCUGCAUUUAAACUUUGAAAGCGAAAAGAUUUGGAUCAAACCUGAAGGUCCAGAAGAAUGUUUUUUCCCACAUUCUAGUAAGAAUGUUUUGUUGAGCUGCCAAGAUAGGAAGAAGCUUCAGCUUAGCGAGGAGAAGAAGGACGCGGGCACGGAGUGGGAAUCAUCUUCCGCAUCGGAUUUCAAGCACCACAAUCUGGCCGUGCUUAGGGUCUUUGGGUUUCAGUUGCAAGACAAGUUUGUGAAUUACGUCAAUGGCGUCAUGGAAUCGGCGGCUGAUCUCAAGGGCUUGUACCUGUAUAAGAGGCCGAGGUGUGGGGCUUGUGUGUGCAAAAUGCGGAAGGAUGGAUAUCCAUGGACAGAGAAGCAGAAGGUCUCGCUUUUGAAUCGUUUCAACAUGGAUGCAUGCCCGCUCUUAACGAUUUACUUCCCGAGCUCAAGAACCUGA